AUGCAAACAAAAAAGGAUGUUGAGCUUGAAGAUUACCAACUAUUUGGAAUCUGGACUAUAGAAAAUAUUACUAAAAUGCAAGAUCUCAUGGUAGGAGUUUUGGAUUUCAACUUAGAUCCAUCUGUAACAAAAGUAAAAAAUUUGUUAGAAGAUCAGAUAAUACAAAAUAAAGAAGGUGAUGUUAAAAAUAUAAUACCUGAGGAUAGUGAAGAUGAUGAGAAUAAUGAAAUCCCAGAGUUAAUUGAAACUUGGGAAAUAAAAAUAACCCCAGAAGAAAAUUUAGAUAUUACUGAGUUAGGAUUACUAGAUAAACAUGAAAAAAACUUCAGUAUUAAAGAAAUUAAUGAAGAAAUAGCUUCUAAAAUAGAGUCAGUAUAUCAAAUAAAUCUACUAAAUAUUGUUAUAUUAAAACCUGGACUAGCACCUGAUAGCAACACUGCCAUAUUCAAGUCAAUUGAUAUAUAUCUAGAAGAUCUUGGACAAGACAUUAUUGACUUAACAUGUAAUGCAGCUAUUUUUGAAAGAACUAAAUCAUAUGCAAAUGAAAACUUAUCUUGCAGAUUUAUUCUUGGAUAA